CUGUCAAGAGCACCAUUUGAUUUUUGUGCUACGCACGCUGUAAAAUAAACUCUUCACUUAUUACUUCGUGCUUGUUCUGGGCCUUUUUCGCUGACUCGGCCCUUCUUCUCGGUCGUUUACUCACGUUACGCAACUGCAUCUUGUGCUUUUAGACCAAAACUUGACAUGCUCAGGGCUGGGCAGCCCACCUGCUUGGGCGCACAGCCCCGCCUUCGCGUUCGGGAGCUGCGCUGCAUCGCGCCCGCUGUCCGCGGCAUUGCGCCAUGCGUGGCCAGACCUAUUGAUGCAGCCUCUGUCGGGCCUGCUUGUCGGCCAGGGCUUCGGCGAGGGAAAUGUGAUGGCGGAGUCGUUUGCUCCGCGUCGUCUGGAGCAGCGGCCCCCCGCCCCGACGCCGGCUCGGACAACGGUGGCAGCCCGCUACCGUGGAUUCUCGCUGGCCUGGCUGCUGUUGGUGCCGGUGUCUAUAUGAUGACGGAGCCGGGCCAAGCGCUCAAGGACGUCCUCGUCAACGGCCCGCUGGGCAAGUCGGGGUUUCUGGCCGCCUUCUCUCUGAUCUUUCUUUCAGAGAUCGGCGAUAAGACGUUCUUCAUCGCCGCGCUGCUGGCCAUGAAGAUUGGAAAGUGGAUGUCCUUCUUCGGCAGCCUGUCCGCGCUGUCAAUCAUGACCGUCAUCAGCGUCAGCAUCGGCGCCAUCUUCUCGCGUGUGCCCGACGCGCUGAAGAGCUCCAUCCCGGUCGGCGAGCUGGCGGGCAUUGCGCUGCUGGUGUUCUUCGGCGUGAAGACGCUGCGGGACGGCCUGAAGCAGCCGGAGGCAGGCGCCAGCUCCAGCGACGAGGAGCUGAGCGAGGCGGAGACGGUGGUGCAGAGCGUGGACGCGGGCGGCAAGGGCAAGAAGGACUCGCCCCUGGCGGUGUUCUUCGAGGUGGCCACACUUAUCUUCCUGGCGGAGUGGGGCGACAGGUCCAUGCUGGCGACCAUUGCGCUGGGCGCGGCGCAGAACCCCGUGGGCGUGGCGGUGGGCGCCAUCGCGGGGCACGCCAUCGCCACCGGCAUUGCUGUGCUGGGCGGCGCCAUCGCCUCCAAGUACGUCAGCGAGCGCACUGUCAACCUCAUCAGCGGCAUCCUGUUCCUAGUGUUCGCGGCCGCUACCGCUUUCAGCAUGCUGUGAGCGUAGGUGUGGAGGCAGCAGGAGCGCGAGGCGGCAGAGGGAGCCGCACGAGCUGGAGUAAUGACGUGUGGGUUUGUAGGGGAGGCGGGGAAGGCGUCCUCGCCUAAAAUAAGCUGGAGCUGUGCGUGGAGCUGUGCGCUGUUAGGAGGGAGGAGGGAGGCGGUGUGAGGUGUGGUGCUGCGGUGGCAUUGAGGCGGUGGCAUUGAGGCAGGAACGCGCCUCGCCUGGCGUAGGGGAUCGGCGCUUGCAGGGGCGCGGGACGCGGCGUGUAUGUGAGUUUAGGGGCGCGCGUUGCUUUGUGCGAGUGCCACGGGUGUCUACUGACGAGUGUGCGGCCAAGAACUGAGACUCAGAGAGGGCUCGGUUGUACGAGUGCCUACACAACAUGAGAGUGCAUACGAAGAGGGCAACGGCAUUAUCGUGCGCAUGUGCAAGCUAACAGUACCGGCAGUGAAGAGAAAGUUGCCAGGGAUUUGUGCAUGUGUUCACGUGGCAAGCGAGGCUGGCGUGUAGCGGAGCGAGUGGCGCACCCACACCAGUGGCGGCAGUCAUGGUUCGUCGCAGCCGCAAGACUGAUUGACUAGGACUUGAAUGGGCCCAGCUAUGGGUGCAGAUUGGACGCGGCACGGUAUUUGCUGUGGUGUAUGCGCGCUAGCAAGGGCCAGUCGCUGUGCGUUGGCGUGGCAUGCUCGUAGCGCGCAAGGUCGAAAAAGGGUUCUGGAUGGCAAUAGCACUGUAGCAGGCCCAUUGGCAAGCCACUUACUAACACUUCGGAAGAUUGGAUGGUGAUGACAUGAAAGCAGAGCUGACCUUGGCAGUUGACCGCGCCACUGCAAUACGAGCAUCUCU